UUUUUAUCGAGAAAGUUUAUCUUGUUUCUACAUUUCACAUAUAUAUAUAGCUACGUCCGGUUUCGCGUCGCGACGUAUUUGUGCUUUGGACGUUGCUUGCCACUGUCUUUAAUAGUCAAUUUACCUUUUGUCUAAUAACGAUCGACCACGCACAAAUGAAAAUGCAGCGUAUAUGCGCCGAUACUGAACUUCCGAGCAACUUCGAUGAUUGGACAGUGCAAGAACAAAGUGACUGGAUGUAUCACAAUAUGACGGAUUUAUAUAAAAACGUGCCAGAAUCUUUACAAAAUCUGAUCCCGUCUGCCACACGUCCACUCGAUUUCAACCGAUCACUAAAUGCGUUACCUGAAUGGAUGGACCCAGAAAAAUAUCACAGAGGACAAAAGGUUGUGCGCGAGAAUUAUUUCUCGAUUAUCAUGGUUUUUAUAUUCGGUUCCAUUUACGGCUACACUUUCGAGGAUGCCCUCAAAACAAUUAUCAUAGGAGGGAACAGUCAUACACCAUAUUUAGCAUUCAAAAGGUAUUUUUCUGACAUAUUGUCUUUUAAUUUAUAAGCCUGACAUCGAAAUAGCA